AGCAGCCCAGCCAUCCAAGAGUUACUCAGAGAUCCCAGCCCAGCUAAAGGAUAACAAUACCUCGAGAUGCAUCUGAUGAAGGGACUUUUAUUGGUGGUGUGCCUGGCGGCCUUUGCCAGCGCCAAGCCCCAGCAGAACUUCCAGGUCUUCGGCCGCCAGCGGGAUGAGCCCGCCGCCCAAGGACGCCUCAGCGCCACCCAGCUGACCGACCUGCUGAACAGCCUGAAGGGCAGCAGCACCAGCUCCACCACGGCCGCACCCACCACCACCACUGUGCCCAGCACCACCACGGUGACCACCUCGCCCACCGGACCCACCACCUCGACCGGCACCUCCACCAGCACCACCACGCCCACCACCACCUCGCCCACCGGCACCACCGCCCGCCAGCUGCAACCCAUCGACGAGGAGAACGACGACGACGAGGAGGAGCAGGAGCAGCACUUCCAGCUGGAGGACCAGCACGACGACGACGAGGUGGAGGAGGUGCAGCACCACCAGGCCGCCCGCUCCCAGAGCAACCGCCGCCGCCAGGUGAACGCCCGCCGCCAGCGCCAGCGGCUGCAGCAGAAGCACCGCCGCCGCCAGCAGCAGCAGCGCCGCCGUCGCCAGCAGCAGCAGCAGAAGCGCCGCCAGCAGCAGAAGCGUCGCCAGCAGCAGCGCCGCCGCAGGCAGCAGCAGCAGAAGCGCCGCCAGCGCCGCAACCGCCGCAGCAACAUGCGUCUGGUCAACCGCUUCCGCCAAGCCACCCCCAACCGCAACCGCGUCAUCCGCGUUUCCGCCUAGGCGCACAGACCCCGGACUGCCUGGAAACCGAUCUGUAAUGAUUCCGAAUAAACUGCAAUGAUACAAAA